AUUGCAAUCGACCUAGCUGCGUGAUGUUAUUCAUCACUUUGUUGUGCACUAUUUGCGGUAAUAAGCGAGCAGGCUGCGACCAGCUGGACGUGAAGCCGAGCUGCUCCGCCAGCGAGCGCAUUCGCCGCAUGUUUUCUGUGCCAGCCAGUUGGUCACCAGUUGUUGGUCUCUUCUUGGCGUCCGCUCUCACCAUCAUACCACCCUGACGACAACUGACUCCAGCUUCGGACCGAAAGGUCCCGGCAACUCUGUCCCCCAGCUAGCAGGAAACUUGUGCGGCAGAGGAGAAGGGUCUAUAUAACAGCUGGUGGGAUCGGGAGCCUAGGAAUAACAGCCCAUCCUCAGGGUGCUGCUGCUGCUGCUGCUACUGCUGCUGCUGCUGCAGCAGAGGACAGGGAGGCAUGGGUGUUUCCCCCAUUCCCUUUCAUGUUGCUGUUUCAUCCUCUGCUGCAGGGCUUCUCUAACUUUUAUGCCAGUUAGAUCCCUUCAGACACACAGGAAUGAGUUGCACAAUAUGAACGAGGGGUUGUUUAACAUAAAGUCGUUCGCCUGUUUGACCAAGUGGCAAAAUGUGAGAUGGACAGGUAUCUCUCCCCUCAGCCUCUUUCCCUUCCACCUCCUGCAGACAGUCAGCAGAAGUCACACAGAGACAGUGCAUCCGCAGUGGAUCAGUUCUUCACUGAUGAUCACACUGGGGCUCCCUACACCCUCAACAUGAAUCUUUACCUCCCUGACGUCGCCUACCUGAGGAUGGGCCUGUGUCAGCAGGUGCGGCCCCCUCAGCACCAGAACCACACAGGUCUCACCCAAAUCAAAACAGAGUCUGCCUCCCCGUGUUUCUCCCCCAACCUCCAGCCGCACUGCCCCGACACUACGCCCACGAGCAGCUGCGGCACAUCUGGGCACGGGCCCGGCGGUAUUGCUAUGAACACCUCCGCCAUAAACAUGGCGUUAACAGGGUUACCGGACUUCACUAGUGUUUUCAACCAGUCGGGAGGCAGCCAAGGUGGCCAUUCGGUGCCAGAAGUGUUUGUCAAACAGGAAAUGUCAUCGCAGUUUGAGCAGCAUGCUCUUCAUCACCACGACAACAGCGGCUCGCUGUUUCAGCUCCUAAACUCUGGCUUGGACCUUCACCAUGGCAAUGGUAUGGAGGGUCAGCAUCAGCAUCAGCAUCAGCAUCAGCAUCAACAUCAACAUCAACAUCAACAUCAGCAGCAGAUACAACACUCUUCCACUUCCACACUCCACGCGCCUUUCCAUGAUUUGCCGGUAGCUUCUUCUGCAUCUCAACGGGAGCCCACUGCCAAGCCCGCCUACUGUGGCCUGGGUGGGAGGGCAUACACACACCCUCAUGCUCGGGCACACCCCCAUUUCCUCCAGCAGCAGGUGCCCUACCUGCCGCCCUCUCCGCCAAGCUCGGAGCCUGGCAGCCCUGACAGGCAGAAGGAGCUGCUCCACACCAUGUCCCCUCCUCCGUCAUAUGCAGCCACCAUCGCCUCCAAGUUGGCAGGGAGCACCCCUGGACUCGGACCGGGCCCGGGACCGGGUAACUUAGCCCUGCCCCUCACUGCAGGCCCCACGCCGGUCCCGGGCCAAGCCGCAGUCCUUCCCCAAGCCCCCGCAACAACCCCAGCCCCGACCCCAGCCCAGACCACUGUGCCUGUCCGCUACAGCCGGAGGAGCAACCCGGACUUGGAGAAACGACGGAUCCACCACUGUGAUUACCCAGGCUGCAAGAAGGUCUACACCAAGUCGUCCCAUCUGAAAGCCCACCUCAGGACUCACACGGGUGAGAAGCCGUACAGGUGCACGUGGGACAGCUGUGACUGGCGUUUUGCUCGUUCAGAUGAGCUGACGCGCCAUUAUCGGAAGCACACGGGCGCCAAACCCUUCCAGUGCGCUGUCUGCUCACGCGCCUUUUCCCGAUCCGACCACCUCGCCCUGCACAUGAAGAGACACCAGAACUAGCAGCAUUUACACACACACACACACACACACACACACACACACACACACAAUACAAACACACAAGCACUAUUUUGACACACAUAAAGCACUCACUCCACCCCCCCACAGCUACAAUGUUACAACUUGCCUGAUGCAGAGCAGCUCUCACUGACACCACAGCUCCUCCUGGUGCUGCUGUCAUGUGCUCAAACAGUACAAUAGCUUAAGAAACGGGUUGCUCUUAACCCAGACUGGGACAGUUUGGAAGUUGUAAAGUAAUAGAUAAUAGCCAGAUGAAGUUCCUGGUCCUUUAACCUCGAGUUAACCUGGUAUAGAUUUCUUUGGAGAAAAACAAAGAAGAAAAAUGGAAACAAACAAAAAAAAAAAAAUGGUAGCUCCAAAAUGUGUAUCCGGUCCAUUCGGACUCUUUCGUGUGACUGGAUGAAAGCACUUACCACUCAAAACUUGUACAUGUUUUUUUUCUCUGUUCUAACAUAGAACUGGCUUCAUAUUUUUUUUUUUUUUUUUUUUAUAAAGGAUAAGCUUUUGUUUAUGAAACUAAUCAAACCAAAUCUUUGUUUACUCCGUGGUUUGUUAGUUUGUUUAUAUAACUUGAAUAUCCAGAAAUUUUUUUUUUUUUUUUUUUUACUAAAUCAUUUGGUUUGCACUAGAAUUGUUAAUCUAAGUCUGAGCCUUUUUGGCCCAUGCAUCUCAUUCACCACUGGAACAAUCAUUAUAACUACUGGACUGAAUCUCACAAAUCACUGCUGUUCAGAUAUUAAAAAUUGAAGGCAUUUAUACUCUGGAGAGCGGGAAGAUAGUGCAGGAAAAGACGAGGGGAGGGGCGCAGAUUGGAGAGACAAAGAUUUUUGAUUUUAGAGAGGGGAGAUCUGAGGGCGACUGAGAAACAGAGGGAGCUGGAUGGUUGCUAAAGAGCAGCAAUUAGGUGAUGAAUUAUUCAGAUUGUCUUUCGAUGGAUUUCCAGCCAGAGAAAUCUCAGCAGAACCCACCGACAUUUCCUAGAAUUCAUUCGGUUUUACACAAUUGACUGUAUUUGAUACAUAAGCUUCAAUUAAGAGUCUUCAAAAAUACGUUUACUUUACAUCUAUCUCAUCCAGCGUUUUACUUCCUCCUUUUUUUAACCAAAGUAUGAUCUUCAUCAUGAACACCUUAUUAAGUGCCUCCUCCUCUGGUUUAUGUGGCUUUGUUCAAUGGUAGCAGAGCUGUGAUCAAUGUAGUCAGUCCUUUAGACAUGCAUGGUGCUGUUUUUAUUUCUUAAUCUAUUGAAUCUCCUGACUCAGUUUGGGUAAACAGGAAAUUUAUUUUAAAUUACAAGGUUACCCAUCAUCCAUCGUCAUUUAACAGCUCUCAGCUCAGGCCACUUCACAGACAUCCUGACAUGUGGAAUUUUUUAAUGCAAGAGACAGUCAGUCCUUUCUCUGAGGGUUUUCGCCUUCUGACUCUGUACACAACUAACUUGCAACACGGCUAUAUCAUUCAAUCGAACGUGGACGUGUUUAGUUAAAGGAUAAGUUCCCAUUUUCCAAGACGCUCUAAAAAAAAACAAUGCUCUCGUGCCCAUGUGCACAUUGCAAAAGUCACCGGUUGCUGCAAGUGUUUCUCUUGUCCCUGCUGGCCACAAAGAGAUCCCUGCCUCAAACAUGGAAGUGAUGGGAGACAAAACCAGCAGCCUUCAUUCUGUGUCACAAUUCACUGUGAAGUUCAGCUGGAGAUGAUAUGAGACUUUAUCAUUCUGAGUUAGACAAAUCAAAUCAAAGUUAAUCUAAUCGGUGCGAAUUUCCCUCCUUACGCUUUAACAGACAGCGGUAGUUUUUUGAGCUGUGUCGAGGAGUAAUACAAAGACCAAAAAGACAGUUACUUUGGAAGAUUUGAUUUUGCAUUGAAAUCACCCUUUUAAUGUACAUAUGGACACAAGAGUAUUGUGUUAAGGCAGACUUGUCGUCAAAUUGUCAGCCUAUCCUUUAAUAUACACUUCAGUGCCCGUUUUGGUGGUGUGGUUUAGCCUGAACUUCCAACUGCAAUUUUUCAUUCACUGCAGGUAGCGUUGAGAUGAUAUAGCACUGUAAUGUAUCAUGGUAAAUCUAUUUAUUUGAUUGUGUAGAAGUGGGGGUUGUAUCAGAUCACCUGUCUUUCUCCCCAGCAAAAAUGCCUUAAUGUAAAUAUAUGCACUGUAAAUAACUUGAUUUUGUUUGUCCGUUUUUUUUUCCUCUUUUGUUAUUAUUUUGUAAACAAAAGGGCAAAAAGAGGAAAAUGCCCCGCAUCCAAAAAUAUUUGAGCCUUUUUUUCUUUUUGAUUUUGUUUCCUCGUCAAAGAUAUUUUGAUGCCAUUGUUUUAUAUAUUGUCCUUCCAACAACUUAUUUUGUAAAUCCUUUUUCUUCUUCCUCCGUGGUAAACGUUCCAAAGACAAAAGUUGUUUUUCUUCAACUGAGUGAAGCCGACCCUAAUAAAGUCAACUGACACUUUU